AUGUUUUACGGGGAUCGAAAACGAAAAGCCCCCGAUACUAUAUCGAAACGAGACGGUUUACUAAGGAGACCUCCCAAAAGGCAAAAGGGACGAUUUAAACCGUUUAAUAAAUAUAAGGAGUCAGGCCAAAAGCAAACUUUAUCUGAUUCUAAACCGAAAGACGGCCGAAACCCUAUAGGAAGGAGGACAGUCACACGACUAUAUAUACCGAUUAAGGUCCGAAAUAAGAUUAAAACCUAUACGGACCUUAAUAGUGGUGUAGAAUGUAAUAUCGUAAACGCAUCAGACCACGGCAUAUCUAGUAUCCUGUCUCAAGAAGGUCAAGAUAAGCGCUAUCACCCUAUUACUUUCUGGUCGAGAAAAUUCAAUAGAGCUGAAUUAAAUUACUCGACGCCGGAUCAAGAGCUAUUCGCUAUUAUUUCGUCAUUUAAACACUGGCGACACUAUUUUAAAGGUUCAAUAUACCCCAUCGAAGUGUUAUCAGAUCAUCAGAAUCUACGAGGAUUCAUACGCCAGACCAAGUUAACAGGGCGACAAGCUCGUAAGACAAACCCUGCAGAUGGAUUAUCUCGAAGGAUAAAUCUAGCCCUUAAAGACACCGGGAGCCCAAGUUUAUUGCUCCCGAUUCGGGACCGUUUGGUUACCGAAACAUCACCGAAGCAAUCGGUGAAUGCAGAAGUACAGUGUAUAACUCUGCAAGGCUGUUUAGCCAAUAAAUCCCAGCUAGUAUUGAAAGAUGAUGCAUCAUCUGAAGAUGUUCUGUCUGAUCAACAGAACGACCCUAUCCCAUGGGGGUUGGUGGAAUAG